AUGUGCUUGUUUAAAUUAACUGGAGUGUCCCUCAUCCUGUCCAUACUUCUGUAUAUCGCAGACUCUUAUCCAAACAGUGACAUGACAAACAUGGGCUGUGAGGAAUGCAAACUCAGGGAGAACAAAGUCUUCUCAAACCCGGGCGCCCCUGUCUAUCAGUGUACAGGCUGCUGCUUCUCCAGAGCUUAUCCAACCCCACUACGGUCCAAGAAAACCAUGUUGGUCCCAAAGAACAUCACCUCUGAAGCCACAUGCUGCGUUGCAAAAGAAGGGAAAAGGGUGGUGGUCGACAACAUCAAGCUGACGAAUCAUACAGAGUGUCACUGCAGCACUUGUUAUCACCAUAAGUCAUAA